UUUGAUUUGGAGAACCCUUUAUCAAGUUGAAUACGAAAAAUGAACUACGAAGCCCUAAAAGACUUGCCUCCAUGCGUUGCUAUAAAAUUUCGAACGUUUCUAGAAAAUCCAGAAAUGCUGUAUGAACUGACAGGAUUACCGAAAACAAUGAUUGUAAAUUUGACCAGUAAAGAAGACAGAUCAGUGAAAGUGGAUACAGCAGAAGAACUCCAACUUAUCAGCGAAGAUCUCCUUCACAAACCACUUUUAUUCCAAUGUUGUGUACAACAUCAAAUAACUGAAAAAAGUCCAUGUUACACGGAAGUGAGGACAUGGACAGCAUGGUUUGCCGUUCUCAUAAAUCCUUGGCAUCCAGCAAUUCAAGAGUUUUUACAUCCAUUAUUGACAGAAGCAAGUAAUCAUGUAAAUGCUGGAGAAAAAAUCUGCCUAAAGAUCAAAUUCGGAAAAUGUGUUAAAGACUGGUUCAGAAGAAAUGUAGAUGACGGCUGUGAGUGUAAUGGACGGAAAACGACACUGAGUGGUAUGGGAUUAUGUAUUUACAACUAUUCUACACCUCUGAAGGUCUGCAGUUAUCCGUGGAUGAUUGUUUGUUGUUUUCCAUUCUGGUUCCUGUUUGGAGGACCUUAUUACCUGGUGCAACGAAAAAUCAGAUUUUAUGAUAGAAGAGAAAAGUUAAGAGGUAUAUCUGUAUCACUUUUAACAGAAGAGGCUGAGAAAAUAUAUACAAUGACAUCGCGUCGUCGAAGAAACACUAGAGUAGUUGCACCAAUCAAUGACUAGCAUUAAUGCGUGGGUUGUCAAGUUUUGUAGAUAUUUUAAUUUUGUUAUUGUAUAAUCUGUACAUAACCCAUUGCUGAAUUGUCAUAGUUACAAAACAUGGGCAGUAGAUUCCAGGGGAAAAUUAUUUCUAUUUCGUUUGAAUUGGAUUUUUCCUUUUCUAUUUUUGUGUUUAGACUUCUUCUAGAACCAGUUUGAUUAGUAUUUUAAUCAUUAUUCGUUGGGUAAGUAUACUGUUUUAGCUUCAGGGAUAUUUUUUUUGGCCUUAUUACGGGUCGGGUUCUGUAGUCAUAUAUAAGUUUGAUACUUGUUUAGUAUGUAUAGAUAUGCUCACCGUAACUUCCACAUGUUAUGCGUAAUGUAUUAUUCACAGUAUAUUGUCCUUAUUUAAUGUUUAAAUAGAUUUGUGUUUGGUAGAUAUUUGAAAUAUUUUGUAAACUUUUAAUAAAUUUUGCAUUGUAUAGUAAAUAAUAAGUUACUGCGAGUAAAGCAAGUCAUUUUUAUGUCUUGCUUUUAAUUGAGCCAUGUAUAUAGAUUAGAAAUGUUUUAAUUUCGAACGAAUUUAUGGGUCAGAAUUUUAAUUAAAAACUAAGUCUUUUGUUUACAUUGUUCUUUUUUGUUGGUGAGCACUGUCCUGUUGAACCAUUCUCGGUUUUCAUUACUAUCAUUCUAUUGAGUAACCUUUUUAAUUUCUGUUCUGUUUGCCGACCAGUUCUGACAUUAUAUUUUUAUAAAUUCAUAAGCGAUCUCCAUCAGAAAAAAACUUUUAUAAGUUCAUUUUAAUACACAGGAAUCCGUCUCUGAACAUAUGGAAAUCAUUUUUUUUUUAAAUAUAGCAAUCUUUUGCUUCAUGCCUUGAAGGAUUGUACACUGCGUGAAUGCAGUUAUUGAGAGUUCACUUUCAUAAUUAAUUUAUAAUGAAAAGUCAUUUAUGUAUAUCAUUUUAUAAGUGCUACGAAAAAAAGAAGGCAAAAUUGUGUUUGCCAUUAGACGCGAAGGGGUGAGUAUGUUCUAAAAAAUAAAAAAAAAGGGAAUAGAAUUAUAAAAAAUAAAAAACAUUUUAAGUUGAGUUUUGCAUAUUGCAAUCUUAAUAUUAUGGUAUAUAUAUGGAACAACAAAAAAAGAAUAUAAAAUGGUUAUUUUAUUGGAGAUCCUAGAGUAAAUGUUUUAAAAGAAGCUAUGACUGUUGAUAUAUAAAGCAAAUGAAAUUAAAAAAAAAUCAAUUCAUUCAUCAAUGCAAAGGUAAGCAUCAGAUGUAACUAUCGUGAAUUUAAUAUUUAUUGACUAAGUUUUAUAAUUAUUAUAAAAUAUACAAUUUUUGGAAAAAAAAGAAGAUUUUUAUAACAUUUUUUGUGUGCUUUUUUCAAAAUGAAGGAAUUUAAGAUAUACUGAUAUUAAAUAUUACGCGAAGAAGAAAAAAACUCUUUUUUUGAACAAUUUAUCCUUUUUGUCCUUACACAGCUGUCUCAGUGCUAUUUCACUUCAACUGAUGAAAUGCUUAUUAAAUAUAAUUUGUAUCCCUUUUAUUAACCAUAUUAACACUUAAAGUGAACUCAGGUUUCAGUAUUACAAUAGGAAAGGAUAAUUUUGUAAUGUCAUUGGAAUGUGUGAAUAUGUUCUAAAUUAAUCAGACAAUAAAUGG